AUGACUUUGUCUGCUUAUGUGGGGUUAGCACCACCUGGGGAUAAGGGAUCCUGGCAAAUGGAAAGUAAGGGGUAUCAAUUCUGGACUCAAUCUGACCAGAAAGGGAAUUUCUCAAUUAAAAACAUUCGACCGGGAAACUAUAAUUUAUAUGCUUAUGUCCCUGGCAUUAUUGGGGACUACAAAUAUGAUAAUAUUAUUACAGUCCAACCAGGGUCCAAUAUCACAUUGGACGUUCUUGUUUAUGAACCACCAAGAAAUGGUCCUACUCUUUGGGAAAUUGGUAUCCCUGAUCGUACUGCUGCAGAGUUCUACGUACCAGACCCCUAUCCAAAUCUCACAAACACUUUGUUCGAUAGUAGUCCUAAAAACAAGUUUAGGCAAUACGGCUUGUGGGAACGGUACGCAGAUUUUUAUCCUAAUGAAGAUCUCAGCUACACCAUUGGUGUCAAUGAUUAUAGAAAAGAUUGGUUUUAUGCUCAAGUCACAAGGAAAAUUGGAGAUGGCUCAUAUAUAGCAACCACGUGGCAGGUUAAUUUCGAACUUAAAGAUAGGCCCAUCACAGGAGAUUACACACUCCAACUAGCAUUGGCAGCUGCCUCCUUCUCUGAAUUGCAGGUUCGGUUCAACGACGGUGAAGCCAGAAUACCCCAUUUUACAACAAGGCUAAUUGGAAGGGACAAUGCGAUUGCAAGGCAUGGUAUCCAUGGCUUGUACUGGUUUUACAGCAUCAAUGUUUCUAGCUUUUGGCUUCGACAAGGAAGCAACACCAUUUUUCUCACUCAAUCCAGAGCCACAGACGCUUUUCAAGGAAUUAUGUAUGAUUAUAUCAGACUAGAAGGACCACCUCAAAUCUCACUCUGACUUUGUUUCCAGGAGAGAAAUUCUAGUUGUGGGAAGGAAUUUUGCUCAAGGGUAUAAUAAUUAGUAAUGACCAUGUGCGAUAAGUGAAAAAUAUAUUAUAUAUAAAUUAAUAUGUAUGACUAUAUUAUAUAUGAGAAACAACAAAAACAGAUUAGGCAUGUAAAUUGACAGGUAGCUAA